AUGACUUCAAAUCUUUCCCCAGAAGAGCGAAGGGUCAUUUUCACUCGGCACAUUGACGCUAUAAGGUUUUCCGACCCCAAAACCACGUUAGACCUCAGUACAUUGUCCUUCCCAGCAUGGAGGAGUACAUUGAUCGAAUCUUUCGUCGAAAACAAUAGGACGAAGGAUCCCAAUGCGCUGCUGCCAUCGCGGUCGCGACUGGAAAGGAUAAUCCGGGACAAGUCAGCGAUCGCCGCUGAUCCCGGCGUCAUUUUGGACGUACCAGAGGGCUACAUGGGAACUCCAGCUUCGUAUAAGAAUGAAUUGAAGUACGAAUACGUCACUGAGGGUGACAUGCUGAAGCAUGCACCCAAAGGGGGAGAUAGAAACAAGGUGGAAUGGAAGCUAGUAGUACCAGGCGAGGAGUUUUGGGCCCUCUUCGCAGAGACUCAUUUGCCUGGCCACAUUGGCAGAGACAAAUGUUUUUUUAGCGUAGGCCCAAUAAAGUAUCUCUCCAAGAAGACCAUUGGGAACUUUAUACUUAGCUGCUGUAGUUCUUGCGGGGGAAGAAAGAGGGGAAAGAGGGAGCUGCCAGUCGAAGGAGAUGCUAUCGAAGGGCCAGCCGCUAAAAGACGCGUUGGGGUCAGUCAAAUUGACGAAUCCAUUCCUUCUCCCGCUUCUGCGGGUGUGGUGGGGCCUGGUUACGUCGCCGCUCCACGCUGUCAGUUGGCCAGCCCUUCGUCGGCUCUCUAUGCUUCUGGUCCCUCCAACCCUGGCGCCGGCGGAUCGGAUUUCAAUGGUGAGGCUGGGCAGUACUAUGAGAGUUUGGAAUCCCCUGAGGAUUUAGAGCUCUUUGGAAGUCGUUUUGACAAUCUCCCUGACCUUGCCACUCCGACUUCCGAUGCUAUUUCCGCUUCUUCUUCCGCUCCUACUGCGGCUCUCGUCUCGUCUUCAAAUACUAGUUUUCAGGAAUCCUCGUUAGUGGAUGAUAUGGUUGCCUCGUGGCGUGCAUUUGACAAAGAUUUUUUUUACUGCUAA